AUGUCCAGGCACGCACGCACCAUAUACGAUCAGCGAUACGAUAGUGCAACUGUCCUCCCGCUUCCCCCAGAAGAGGGCGCGCUCUAUCCAUCGGCCGUUCAUGAUUCCCAUGUCUAUGGAGAGCCUAUAAGUCCUACCACCGGAUAUCUGGCAUCGGAAUCAUCCUACGUCACUGAGGUCGAUGAGUACACGCCUUCAUACUUCCACUGCAUCCCGACGUCCACCCACGAACAUGCCCACCAGCACUACCACGCCGAUAUAGUAGGCCCACCGACUCGCCCAUCUUUCCCCCCUCCAGUAAACUCAUCUUCGACUCCUUCUCCAAGCUCUGUUCCGCCCAUCAUAUCCAUAUCCACCGUCAUUGAUGGGAAUACUUUGGGUUGCAGUCAAUGCGGCGUUGAGUUUACAGGACGGUACAGGCGUGGAAACCUUGCACGCCAUGCAAGACACAAACACUCCAAAGCAGCCAGAGUUCCGCUCACAUGUUCAGCUCAUGGAUGCUCCAGAACCUUUGCGCGCCAAGAUGCUCGUGUCAAACAUGAACGUAAGCAUCAUCCUGAGUUGCACUGCAACCCUAGUGGUAAUGGCUCAUGCCGCCGGACUGUGUCUCGUCUGGACAAGAAGGGGGAUGUGUUUUCGACACCGUUACCGCAAUUCACACAGCUUAUCGAUAUAGAUGAGGUACCUCGUUCCACCCGAGAUGCCUUGUGCCGGAUAUAUACACAACUGGACCAUGAAACGUACGCCCGGCUUCGCGAUAUGUUCCUGACCUUAUUGACGAGAAUGGUUCAGUACCUCAGGCAUGUAAAGUAUGUGAUCUAA